AUGGACUCGGAAGACGGGGAGUUUUUUGUCAAGGUAUGUUUGGUGUCUUUGCUGCUGCCACCGCCAUCAACCAAGCUAACUGUCUUGUCUGAACAGCAACUCGCAACGUUUGUGCGAACACACGAGAAGGCGCUCGCGAAUGCGCUUCAGUUUCGGCGGCAGACACCUCGCCAUGGAUCCUCACAAAGUGUCUCGUCGGUUUCCCCUGUGAACGCACCGACGUCCCCAUCAAUACCGGAACGGCCUGCUACGUCAGCCUCAACCUCGAGCACACUGGCAGCCGCCUUUUCUCUGGGCUCGCUGAACCUCACCUCGCACAGCGUAAAAUCAGCAAAGCUCGCCCUCACCCCACAUCACCUCUUUUAUUUGCUCUCCCGAUUCGAAGAGCUUAGCAUACCUGUCGGGCCCAUGAAAAUUCGCCUGGAGAAUCUGCAUGAUACAACGGCUUCGGGAAACUAUGUCUCCUUCCUCGGGCAAUCUCAGCGUUCCAAGAGUCGCGGCUCCGAUGUCGGCUCCAUUCACUCGGUUUCCAGUCUUCGGAGCGUUAUGUCAGGCAUGUCCGCUCUUUGGGCCAGCUUCGGAAUCGGAUCGGGUAUUUCCGCCGCUCGAACAGAAAGGCAAAAGGCGGCGAUCCAAAAUGACUUGAAAUACCUCUACUCCGCCUUUACCAAGAUUCCCUGCCUGAGACUCGCUCCAGAUUGGCGCGCUCGUCUCAUCAGGGGCUACGAGGAGUUUCCCUUUGACUCAGCAGUGCCUCUGUACGUCUUCAAAAACGUCCAGGCACUGGAGGUGAGCGAUAUCGAUUUUAGGCAAUUCUUUGGUUGGGAUAAGCUCUCAGAACAGCUUCGUUCGCUCACGCUCAAGCGUGCCAGCAUUGAGGACCCAGCAGAUAUCCUGAUCGAUAUUGUCUUGGACGACAUGGACAAGCGCAGGCGCCGCACAUCCAAGAGCCAAGCAUCACCCACCACACAGUCAACCUGGCCAGGAGCUGUGAACAGCCCUCGGAGAAGUCCGACGGUGUCGCACAUGGACUUGCCAAAGUCCACCUCUGCCCCUGGUUCCCCUGAUGCCCGGAAAUCGGCAAACGAUCUUCCUGUCGGCUCUCUAAGUAGUGAACUUGGGACAGACCAAGAGGGCCGGACUCCCACCGACAGCAGGAGGCCUUCGAUCGUCAGGAUUGACAGUGAUGAGCUCAAGUCACCACCAGCAAGGGAUACUCGGCCACGGAGUCACUCUCCCCGUCGGCCUCAUAGUUCCAGAAACGGCUCUUCCAACGUGCGCGGAUCUUCUUACAAGAUCCGGCGAUCUGGUUCUGGAAGCUCUCAGUCAAGUCUCUCGGACUCGUGGCACAACGGCCGUGGAAGCGCUUCCAACCUCCUUUCCAUGGGCAUCCUCCCAGCCUCCAAGUGGCGCUUCCUCAAGCACUUGAGCCUGACGGAUAAUUCUUUGACCAACAUUCCCGCCGCCAGUUUGGCACCACUGGCCAACAGCCUGCACUCCCUCGACCUGUCGUCUAACCUCUUUACCCAGAUCCCCGACAGUGUCGCCACGCUAACCUCGCUGCGCGCCCUGAACCUUGCCCACUGCAUGAUCGACUCGCUGCAUUCACUCACCCGCAACCCUCUCCCAGCCAUCACUGCCCUCAACCUCCGAGCCAACCGCUUGCAGUCUCUUGCCGGAAUCGAAAAGCUCUUUCCCCUGGAAAGGUUAGACUUGCGGGACAACCGUCUGACGGACCCAUCAGAACUGGCUCGCUUGACGGGAAUUCCCGAGAUCCGAGAGAUCUAUGUGGACGGCAACCCCUUUACACGCACUCAUCGCGACUACCGCAUCACCAUCUUCAACCUCUUCCGUCAAACACCCGGAUAUACUGAGGACAUCACCAUCGAUGGAAGCGGGCCUAGUUACUCGGAGAAGCGGUAUCUGGUAGAGAGGGCAGCGUUGCCUCCUGCUGUUCCCGUGGUCAAGCCGCCACCCGAGGAGAUUCCUGCCGUGGAUGUGAGCAAGCCGGCUAUCCUUUAUGAUGCCCCCAUCAAGGAGCCCGCUGUCCUUCGUAAAGAGCGUCCUCAGCCCAAGACUGUUUCGAGCGAGGUCAACACCAACUCUACCCGGCGCCGGAGAGCACCCAAGCGGCGGAUUGUCGAUCUGGCAACCAAUGAUACCCCUAUACCCCAUGCCCAGCCAAUCGACAAUCAGACCCGCGUGCCAAGUAUCAAGACCACGGCAGUGCUCGAGCCAGAGUCCAAUUACCGGACCUCACAACCACCAGACACACAACGGCCAACGGCGAACGUCCUUGGGGAAACCGUUGCAGUUCCCCAAGGCCUUGCGCCAGAGGUCCCCAGAAUCGACACCAGCGUCAUUCCGCAACUUCCACCUGUCUAUGAUACGGGCGAGAACAACACGGAGUGGGACGUUGGUGGGGAGAUCUAUCGAAGAAAAAUCGAGGCCCUCCGCGGCAAGGUCGGGAGUGGUUAUCUCAGCGUGCUCAGUGAGGAAGGCGGCUACCCCACCAGCCUUCCACCAGACUAUCACGAGCCGGCAGACUUUGGCGCUGCCUCACCCCACUCAAUCACACCUCGAGCUGCCAGCGUGCAAGCGAUCCACAGCGGUCGCACGCUAGGCUGA